AUGCAGUUUGGAUGUAACGUUGCAGAGGCCUUCGGACUCCGGCGGUCCGGGGUGGUCCUCCUUACAGAUCAAUCACUAAGAAGUAUGCCUCUCAGCCAGCAGAAGAAGGUCGAGAUCAUCUUGGACGGCAUGGGGCGCGGGUCUCAGGCAGCACAAGGUCUCCCGAGCCCCAUAACUAGCCUGGCAUUCAUUCGCGAUUCCCACCACUUCCUGUUCUUAGCUGUCGAUGAGGACCAGUGCCUCGGGAUCCUGAAGGGAGGCAUCAAGCAUCUCUUUAUGCUCGACAGCCAGAACGAGACCCACGAGAUGGACGCGAUGUGUUGCCUGGACUUCUACACCCAUGAGACGGUGCAGCGCCGAGGGAUCGGAACACGGCUCUUCCGCGCCAUGGAGCUUCACACGCAUAUCUCCGCUCAGGGCUGGGCUUUCGAUCGACCCUCUCCGAAGUUGCUGGCCUUCCUCUCGAAGGUGUACGACAUGCAUGACUUCAAGGCCCAACCCAACAACUUCCUCAUGCUGGAUGCAUCCAUUCGUCUUUGGGGGGCUGAGUUCAAGCAGUACAGGCGCAGCAAAAAGCACUAUAUUCCAGAUGCAUACCUACUUCCAGAGACCCGGGAAAGCGAGUAUCUGGGCGAGGCGGAGCUUACCAAGAGGACGCUCAUCAGGAAGUCAACAGCCGUCAUUCCCCAAACUAAAACCACUCAAUCAGAGGAUGCGCCAGCUCGCGCCUUGACGGCAGAUGAACUCCUGUCCAAGCGCUCUGUUGUUCUGCCCACAGCAAGCAGGACCCCUUCCCUCCCGGAUCAGCCCCAGUCCGUGGCAGCCGCGUACAUGAACAAGCGUAUAGAAGGAGCAGGUCCCAGCUUUGAGCAGUACAUGCGUGACCACUACGGAGCCAAAUCUCUCAUUGUGCCUUCCGAAAUACAGACAUCGCUUAACCAUUCAAAAGACUCAGUAUCUCAAGAGGACAUGAUUCAGCGUCAACGACAACUUGACCGAAUGGCUUUCACCCUCGCACGGGAGGCUAAUGCCCGCGGCUCCAUUCAUAAUACUGUAGGUAGGGGUGUCAUCUGCGGUCGAAGGGGAUGA